AUGCAAGAUUCCAGCGAGGCUAGUCUGGCCACUGCCAACGUCCGUGGCUCAAGUGUGGCCUUGUUCGUAUCGCAAUGCCUUCGUUCCUUCGAGGACUUCGUCUCCCAGAUCGAGCGCACAUCAAGCCAGAUCGAGCUUUGUGAAGUGACAGAUGAGCUGGGGCGCUUUCGAGUCUGGGCCGGCAAUAUUGGCGCCCAUCGCGAAGGUCGGUCGUCUUUGGACUACCGCCUGCGAGAUGCAUCACACAUAAAAAGCAAGGUACAGUCGCUCCUGGCUGAUAUACAUGCAUCGAUACAGAGAGUACUGCAAAUUCUACGCGGAGAGCGCAUUCCCUGGGAUCAACUGUAUCUCAAGCAAGACUCGGAUAGUGAUUCGACCGACAGCGACAGCCAGGAUGACUCCAUGCACGGAGAAACCGAGCUUCGGCAGCUCAUGUCCAGUAUUCAUGCGACCAUAACCCUCCUGCUGCGUUUGUCUAUGACCAUACGGAAUCCGGCACCACACGACGAAUACAUGAACUCAGCAAACAUUGACGAAUCUCAUUUCAAGCAAUUCGACAAGAGCCACGUACGCAACAAGUUUCCAGAAGCCCCAGACUACGUUUCUACUGUUCUCGGAGAGGCGAUUACCCGAAGGCGUGAGUACUUUAAGUAUCGCGAGUCCCACAAUCAGAAGCUGUCUAGUGGCCUUCUCCCAAAUCUUGCCCACCAAGCACCGGAUCCGGCCAACAACCAUGACAACAAUAACGAGGAUGCCGGAACCACAGUUGCCUCUUCGCUUCCUCUGGAAGUUAAAGCCGAAAGUUUCCAUCUGAACCUGGAAGAUCAUCGGUCGGAAUCUGGUCAAACCCAAACGUCUUUUGCAACUUCUGCUCCCGAGACAGAGGGUCUUCGGGUUCCGCCCGUGCCCAGAGAGGCUCGAGAAGGUAAUCCCUUCCCUUGCCCGUUCUGCUUUAUGAUCAUAUCAACCACUACCAGGCGCUCUUGGAAGAAACACGUUUUUAAGGACCUACACCCAUACUCAUGCACGAGACCAUCUUGUACCAGCUCCAAAAGCCUGUUUGAAAUGCGACAUGAAUGGUUCCAGCAUGAGCUGCAAGCUCAUCUCCGCUUUUGGCAAUGCACUGAGAAUUGCGAAGAGCGGUUCUCUUCGCAAGCCAAUUUCGAGAGCCAUGUUCGUCAGAAACAUCCUGAGUUCAAUACUACGGAUGAGCUGAAUCAUUUGGUGAUAUUGUGCGAACGGUAUCCCAGCAUGGAUUCGUGGACACACUGCCAUCUCUGCGGACAGCAAAGAAUCCAGCUCAGAGACCUGGAAAAGCAUGUUGGAAAACACCAGGAACAACUCGCUCUCUUUGCAUUGCCAUCAAUUUCCGGCCAAGACGAAGAGGAUUCUGGUGACUCAGGUACCGAUGAUUCGGCAUCUGCAGCAGAAAAUUCAUCCUAUCGACAUCUGGUAGAGAUAGCUCUCCCCGACCUUGCUUUCGAAACGGGCCGGCUGUCGACUGCCAGCAUCUCCCUGGAGAUGGAAGCCCUGAUCCGCCAAUUGGAUACUUGGAAAGAAACUAUUAGGAUCAAGGAAGAUGACACGCUGGCAGAUAAGGAUCACCGGGCUUUUAACAUCGACCCCGGAACAUUCGAUCUCAUCACUACCCGUCUUAAUAGCAUCCGCAGACAAGAGGUCACAUUGGUGAAACAAUUACAGAGUCUGAGUGGCACUGGGCAUAGCUCCGACACCGAGCGUGUGCAACUAUCGGCUGGCAAAGGAAAAAGAUCGAUUAGUUCUCCUACAAAGAACGAACCUAUACCAAGGGAAAUACUUCGCUCCUACAUCCAGCUUAAAGAUCUCGUGAGCGAGGUGAUCUUUAUGAUACCAUCGGAAGAAUGGAACAGCACUGAGCCUUUUUCCACUAGCAAGAGUCAGGAUGGUUGCUAUUACGAGUCUAACAUUAGGAAAAGUGCCAAUGUGGUUAUGGCCCGAUACAUGUAG